AGGUUCUUUGUUAGUACGAGCGAGCAGCAAAGAUGAGUUCAACAGACUUCUACUCUUACGCGUGUCCUGCUGGAGCUCCUUUCUUCGGCUACUUCGGCGCGGCCUCGGCCAUGGCGCUUGCUAACCUCGGAGCAGCUUACGGCACUGCCAAGGCAGGCGCAGGGAUUUCAGGGAUGGGAGUGACGAGACCGGACCUUGUGAUGAAAGCUCUGAUCCCUGUGGUCAUGGCGGGAGUUGUUGGGAUCUACGGACUUAUCAUUGCCGUUAUCAUCAGCACCAAGAUCCGUGCUCCUGUCCUCGUCAGCGGCUCUUACAAGCCCCAGUACACCAUCUUCGGCGGAGCAGCUCACAUGGCCUCCGGUCUGGCCGGGGGAUUUAGCGGACUUGCUGCCGGCAUAGCGAUUGGCAUCGUUGGGGAUAUCGGAACGAGAGCCCUCGGGCAGCAGCCGAAGCUUUUUGUAGGAAUGAUCCUUAUCCUCAUCUUUGCGGAGGCUCUGGGGCUCUACGGCCUCAUCGUGGCGCUGAUCUUUUCAGCCUCCCCCAUCGGAUCUUGUCCGGAGUAGUCUAGUGUUAAGAUGGAACAUGCGAAUGAACGGUAGCUUGCAAG